CGUUUCAAGAUUUUUUUAACAAUUUAUAGGUAUACUUGUUCAUCGACGUUAUUUCUCUCUUUCUCCUUCUUACUUUGUCUUUUUCCAUUCUCGCAGAAUGCGAACUCUGUAAAAAAUGACUCGAUCUCACUACUAUACCUUUCAUCAGCAUUCUCUAACUUGGAUACUUUAAGAAUUCCAGAAGACAUAUAUAUUUCAUCUGAUGAAACAUUCUCGUUGCUACAUUCUCGCGGCACGCGUCGUUUGAAUUACGGACAUAGUACAUACAUAUAUUUUACACAUACAUAUCUUUUGCGUGUGCAACUUCGACGCCUUCGACGAUUGCGUUCCAAAACUUGUUGGGAAGGAGUGUCAUGUCAGCGUUUUACCAUCGUCGAGCAUACGCACGCUUAUGAACGCGAGUAGUUGGUACUGUCGGUAGUCGGUAAUCGUCGACGUCGUUGUCGUAGUCGUAAUCAGUCGUGGUGGCUGGUUGUGGCCGCCGUCGCUCUGCGCAACUCUGCGUGGUGAUGUCCGUGAUGUGAUGAUUCCCCGACUUCCCCGAGCGGGAUGUAGACCAGUAUAAGUAUAGACUAUGACGGCGGGUGCGUGAACGCUGCGAGAUCUCAGGCUCCACUGGACUCCACGAGUUUGACGAGGAGUUUGGUAAUCGGGAGCGUCGCGUUGCAUAGCGUUAUAGUGUCACAUUGCUCGUCCGCGGAAGAGAGGGAGAGUGGGCGGAUCAACGCGUCUCAUCCGCGGGUCGAUGGUCGACAAUUACGCGUCUCGAUUUGACGGCUCCAGGAUCCAGGAUGCUGAGAUUCCUGUCGCGACGGCGGGCGCGCGGCGUCGGCGGCCAGACCGCCUCGUCGCAAAUCAAGAACCAGAGGUUGCCCAGCAACAAGAAUGUCGUGCAGUGCAGGGUGGUACUGCUAGACGGCACGGAUCUGCCUAUAGAAUUGUCGAAAAAAGCAUUAGCUAAUGACUUGUAUGAGCAAGUAUUUUAUAGCCUCGACUUGAUCGAGAAGGAUUAUUUUGGACUCCAAUACACAGACAGCAAUAAUGUCCAACAUUGGCUAGAUCCAACAAAACCUAUCAAAAAGCAAGUCAAAAUUGGACCUCCGUACACACUGAGAUUGAAAGUGAAGUUUUAUUCUUCGGAACCAAACACACUACGUGAGGAGUUGACACGGUACCAAUUCUUCUUGCAAUUGAAGCAAGAUGUUCUAGAAGGCAAGCUUCACUGUCCUCAUCAGGUUGCGGUUCAGUUAUCUGCUCUAGCUCUUCAAUCUGAAUUAGGAGAUUAUGAUUCCACUAUACACAGCGCCGCAACCGUGUCGGAAUUCCGCUUUGUACCGGGACAAACGGAGCAAAUGGAAUUAGAGAUACUGGAAGAGUAUAUCAAGUGUUCCGGUCUUAGUCCUGCUCAGGCGGAAUCUGCGUAUCUUAGCAAGGCUAAAUGGCUAGAUAUGUACGGUGUCGAUAUGCACAUUGUUCUUGGCAAAGAUGCCUGCGAGUACUCUCUGGGCUUGACUCCGACUGGCAUCUUGGUUUUUGAAGGCACACAGAAGAUAGGUCUCUUUUUUUGGCCGAAGAUUGGUCGUUUAGAUUUCAAAAAGAAGAAAUUAACGCUAGUGGUCGUAGAGGAGGACGACGAAGGCAGAGGCGAACAGGAGCAUACCUUUGUAUUCAGGCUCGUGAAUGAAAAGGCCUGCAAGCAUUUAUGGAAGUGUGCGGUGGAGCAUCACGCCUUCUUCCGCCUGCGCGCACCGGUUAAGGGCGCCAGUGGCCGCCAGAACUUCUUCCGUAUGGGUUCGCGUUUCCGUUACAGCGGCAAAACGGAAUUUCAAACGACGCAAUUGAAUCGAGCACGUCGCACUGUGCAAUUCGAGAGACGACCGAGUCAAAGGUAUGCACGACGACAAAGUCACGUUCUUCGCGAAAGACAACGUCAACAGCAACAGGUGGAGCCGCAGCCAUCUCCGUCUCCAGCCGAUGAAGAACCUUUGCAGCGCCAGCCGAGUCGAUCAAGUACAAAGUCCUCGGACUCCUCGAGCAUUCAGGGCACAUCGUCACCUUUAGUAGAUUCUCUGUUAAAAUCUCUCGCCAAAGAUCAACAACCACUGGAAGCUAGAAACCAGACGACAGCCGGAGGUAGCGAUAAAGAGUCGGAGCCUAUGAAGACCAGUUUGACAGUUGAAACUAUUGCCAAUCAAGUGCAGCUAGUACCUAACAAUCAAGUGGGUGGAACGUCAUCGUUACCCCCUCGAACACCAAUUCCGCCGGAAUCAUUAAAAUGUAACAUACUGAAGGCGACUCUCGAGCAGGGAAAAAAUUCGAAUUUGGUUUCUAUCACAUCUACGGACGGCUCUGGAAUAAUUGCAAAAAAAAAUCAACAUUCGGAUGCGGCAACUAUUGUUUCCGUGGGCGGUGAUAAACUGACUCUUUCUGUGAGUGGAGCAACGACAGCAGUGAAUCCUUCUGUGGAUGAUGCUGUUACUGUAACGCAUUUUUCGUUGGACAGCUGGGGACAGAUCGAACAAAAAACCACGCCGUUAAGCCCGAAAGUGUCGAACCAGUCGCAAAAUCCUUUUAAUCCGUUCACUAAUGAUACUAACAACGACGCGUCUAACACACCCGAAGCUCCCGAAGAAGAAGCGAAACCGGAGGACGACAAGAAAAAGAAUACCAAUCCAUUCAUAGAUUCGAAUCCGUUCCUGGGCAUACUCAAUCCCUUCAAAGAUUUACAACCGGUUACAACGGAGAAAAAAGUCGAGACAGAUGCAGAAAAAGUUGGAGCGCGAGUCGUUAAAACUGAAGAGAUUCAAACGACUACUACUACACUUACACACAAGGAUGAGAGUCAAGCGGCGUCGGACAUUAGUCCCUGGUUGGUAGCAGAUCCGUCGCAAAGUCCAGCACCUGAUCAAAUACCAACCAAGCAUACAGUAAUCACGAGAAAAACGGUAAUUACCACACAGUUAUAAAAUAUUUAUUUAAUAUUAUAAAGGGGAAGUAAUGUUGAUGUACAACACGCGAGAAAAUAGCACCAACGUAUUUACCUUGGUCUUCCUCGGGCUGCCUGUACAUCUUUCUUUUUUUACUUGCUUUACAAAAUUUGUGAUGUUAGUCAUGACAGUUACAAUUGUGACAAUUAAAAUCGGACAUGUAAAAAAUUACAUGUUAAAAAAUAGUUUUUAUGAAGGAAUCUUAAGUUGUACUGAAAUAUAAAAGCAAGGCUGCAUUCAGAAUCGGUGCACCCAGGUAUCAUUUUAUCCUAGUUUAACAUUCGGUAAACAAUAAGGAUAAAAUAUAUCUAAUGUUUCUGAACACAGGAAAGGCAUUGUUAAAAUGUCAUUGUUAGGAUAUUUUUAUGUUGGUUAGUAGAAUCAUUUUGUGCUGACUACGAACGCGUAAUGAAGUAAGCUUUCUGUUGAUAACAUCGCGAACAUUUCUUAAUUAUACGAUGCAUUUAUCUUAAACUUAUGUGUUGAUAAAACAAGUGUCCUUACAACCUGCCAACAUGUAUUGUAAAGUACGUAUGCGAGGUCUAUUCGCAUUAAACACACUUUUUAUGUUUAUUUUUUGCAAUUUUAUAUUCUCUGUACAAAGAACAAAUGUACUUCGUUUUGCUUUAAUUAUGUUAAAGUAACAGAGUGCAGCUAAAACGAACAGACCUACAUAUUUCGUGAGGCAACGUAUAUUGCUCGCGUCUAAAUACUAAGCCUAUUGCAUUUAUAAGGUAGCACUUUUGUAUUAGCAGCCAUUGUGCCUUCGAAUUUAACGUGCGAUGGACGAAUAAGCAAUUAUGCGAAUAUCAAAGACGAAAAAAUUAUAUUCGCUGUGACUGAUUAAAAAUAGUAUUACAUUCCUGUUAUAUACAAUAUCAUAUAAAUUACAUGAAUAAUCGUUAUGUAAGUAAAUUUGACCAAAACUUUUGAGAACACUUUUGUUGAUGGAUAAGGAAUUAUAGAUUUGCUAUGAUUAAUCAGGUCAACUUAAUGACAUUGAUUCUAUUUUUUUGAGAUUUGUGGAUAAUGUAUUUAUGUAUUAUAAUAAUGACAAUAAUCAAUAGAUGAAUAAGGAAUUAAUACGCGAAUCAUCGCCAGUCUUAGGUAAAGCACAAUUCGUGCUUCAAACAUAGCAGCUAUAAAGAUAUUCGUGUUUACUAUUCCACGCCUUUGAAAUUAUGAAAACGAAUUUUGUAUAUAUUUAUAUAUGACAGUGUGUGUGUGUGUGUGUGUAUACAUACAUAUAUAUACAUACAUAUAUAUAUAUAUAUAUAUAUAUAUAUAUAAUUAUUAUUAUUAUCCUGAGAUAGUUUUUUUUUGUAAUUUGUUCCUUUUUUCAUAUAUAUAUAUACACAUACAUACAUAUAAUUCUUCUUUCGAUAUAUGCCAUAAUUGAUACGCAUUAAAAUAGAUAUACCAUCACGUUAUGUCAUUAUUUUACAUAUAUCUAUGGAGGAUGUGCUAGCUUAAACCUGUAUGAUUGUAACAUUCCAUUGUCUUGUGUAAUGAGGACGUAGCCGUCGCUUUGCACUGAUAUGAUACGUUUUACGUAACACUUGAUACAAACAAUGCAUUUAAUUACAAGCGGGACUAUCCCUGUAUUUAAAUAGCAUGCGUUCGUUAGAAUGUAGAGAGGAAGCAUUUCUCCCCUUUAAUUGGUUCAAUUUUGUACGUUAUGUUUUCGUAAAUCUAAAUAUAUUAUAUACAGUGUUUAACAUUAUUGCAACGUAUUGUAUUUGAUUGAAUAUUUUAUUGUAUUUAAUGAGAAAGAGAGAAAGAAAAAACUGAGCGCAUAUAUAUAUAUAUAUAUAUAUAUAUAUAUAUAUAUAUACACACACACUAUAUUUUCAAAUCUAAUAUAUCUACAAUCAUAUAUAUUGAAUCGGAAUAAAAAUUCAAUAUUUUUUAAUAGGCCUACAGUCGUUGCUGAUGACCAAAUCGUAACGCUAAUUGAAAAUAAUCCACGAUAUAGAACAUCGCAGAGAUACUUCACGCAUUUCUGUGUAAUAUUUGUACACAAUCAUUUAAAUAACCAUGUACAAGUAUCUAAGCAUAUAUAUAUAUAUAUAUUGCUUUGAAUUUUAUUUAUAAAAAACUCUACAAACAUUUGUUCCGAUCCAGUAUAUAUCAUAUACAAUCAUAUACAGGAUGUUCUGCAACAGGUGGGAAACAAUUUAAGGAUAUAUUACUUAUUUUCAAAAUUAUAAAAAAAAUAGAAUAUUCUAAUCAUUUGUAUUAUUUUAUUUGAAAGUAAUACAAACAAUUAAGCAGCGAUUUUCUAAUUUAAUCAAAAACUAUUUUAAUAAAUAGAAAUAUGUUCUAAUGGAAAUAUAUUAGGAAAUAAUGAAAAAAUUUGAAUUUUUUAAAUAAGUAUAUAAAAUGAUUUAUAUAAAGUUUUACUGCGAUAUAGGGAUUAAUUAUUCUGUAAAUAAACAAAAUUUAUUUGCAGAACAGCUACACUCAAAACCACAAUGAAAUUUUGCAUAAAUUAUCUUGAAUACUUAAAAUAUUUGUACAGAAAAAUGGAAAUUUUGUUAUUAUUUUUUAAAUAUUAAUAUUAUAACAACAAAAAUUAAAAUAAGUAAACUAUACAUUUGUAUUGCUUAAUAAAAAUGGAAUGUUAUAAACACAA